UUUUAUAUGUUUGUAAAUGAUUUCUGUUGUUUGCAGGUUGAGGAAAAGAUGCCGGCGGUGUCGAUAGAUGGUUUCUCCAUCAGGGAGUAUACUGCGAAGACGAGGAGUGUGGACGUGGUGAAAUGCUGGCCGUUCGAUGAAUCAACGAAGGAAGAUCAUGUGAGAGCUAUGUUACCUCCAAUUACAGUGAAGAAAUUUAGCUGGUGGUUAGAUGUACUGGAAUCGGAGGAUUCUGAUGAUGUUGUACCAGUCAGGAGAAUUGGAACGGGUAGGAAGGUUAAGUGUGUUAAGGGAAAAACAAGGGUUCAGAAGAAGAGGUCUAUUGUUGACAUUUUCGCUGUGGCGCCGCAAGUUGAGAGAACGGACGGUGACGGUGAUUAUUAUGAUGAUGAUGAGGAGGAUGGGGAUGAAGAAGACGAUGAUGAUUGCGCUGUUGUUAAUGAAGGGAAAAAGGAUUUUUCUGAUAGAAAUGUUAAUGCAAUUAGAAUUCGUAAAAGCAAGAGGAGAAUCACUAUGAAGAAGAAGAAAACGAUUGCGAGCAAGUUGAAGGAGGUGAAGAAAACGAUGAAGAAGGAUAGGAGGUUUAAGCAAAGGAAGAAUGUGAAUAGUAGAUGCCUGGAUCUACUAAUCCGAAAGAAGGAGAGAUUUGACAAGCUCAAAUUGCCCAAUUCAUUUUCAAAACCAAGUUGUUCACAGCAUAGAAAGAAGUGUGAGAAGGACAUGGAAGACAUUAGUCCUACCUACGGGAAGAAACCACAACGGAAACAUCUCGUUUCAGAAAAGAAGCCCAAAGGUCUUACUGAUUCCAAGUUCUCAGCGGAUGAUCAAAAGAUGAUGAAUUCAGUUUGUAGCAACCUCAAGAGAAGGACUAAACAAUUUCCAGUGGAGAACUCGUCAGGUGGGAUUUUAUCUGGUCCUAAUGAGGCAAAUUUUUGCAGCAAUCAACAAGGAGACAGACAUGUUAUCUCAGACGAUGCCACAGAGAGAGGAGAGGUUCUAUCCCUUGUGGAAGAGAAAGGAAUAAAUAAACAUAUUUUGAGAACUACAGAAAGUGAGCUUACUGUUCAACCAGGAUCCCCAAAGAGGUCCGCCGUGCAAAGUACCGCUGAUGCUCCUGGUUUACUUAGGCACAAUAUCGGUACUAAAGAUAAUUCAUCUGAAUGCAGUGAUGUUUUUAAUCAAGUCUCUGAGGGAAAUGACAAUUUAAAAUUAUUCGGAAGAGGUUCUGGAGUGGCAUCACACAGUUCACAGUAUUUCUGCAAUCCUGGGUCUCUCCAUGUGUCUCAACAGAUGUAUAACCACCAAAAGAAUGACCAAAUAGUUGGAAGUCUUAUUAACGCUUGUGGUGCUAGUGAGAGAUCACAUGACAAGUUAAGAGGUUCUCCCCCUGAAGUUACUGGAGUUUGCUCUGUGCAUUCUGUGAAGGCAUAUCCUCAACAUUCAUCAGCUUACGAAAAUGUGAACAGGAAGCCAAUUUCGCUGCCAGAAACCAUCGUGGGAAAUUGCAGUGGUCAUUUCAUGCAAUAUCAGCCACUCCCUCAAAUCUGCCAUCAGGAAUUAAUGUGCAAAAUUUGUUCUUUCCCUGAGUGGAAGCAAAGAGAGUCCAUGCAUGGAGAAAAGGGAAUUGAAAAGGACUAUGUUCGUUUGCCCCUCAACUCUCAAGGGGAAUUAAUCGAUCUGAACUCAAACAGUAAAGGAAAGUUGACUCAGCUGCCAAGCUCAAGGAGAAUUGCGGGAUCUUCCGGAGGAUUAGCUGUAAGCAACGUUUCACACUCAAACAUGGACAAUAUCUCUGAUGCUAGAGGUUGGGAUAAACGAGCACCAUCCACAGACCAGCUAAAAAGGUCCUCUGCAGAUGAUUCAAUGGAAUGGAGCCCUACUUUUCCAGUACCUUCAAGGUUAGGUAUCUAUGAGUAUGACGCUGGAAGAACAAAUGUUGAGUUGGAUCCGCUAAAGCAAAAUAAGGAAUCUAUUACUCCUUUUGAGUUAGAUUGCAGUGUCAGUAAUUUGUCCAACCAUAGAAGCAAGCUCAAUGAUCAGGCCAUGCAACUUGAAACGAGCAGGAGUAAGCAAUAUGGGAAUUCUGAUGAUGUCUCACUGGUUGUUACUCCAUCGAAAAUGCGUCUGAUGGGAAAAGAGUUUACGGUUGAUAGAAGAGAUUUUCAUGCACCACUGGAUAAAAGGAUUUGGACAGAUAAGCAGAUCAUUGCUGAGAAAUUUUCGGCAGAGACUUACAACUACAGUUCAGUGGUUACAAAUCAUGAUCAACAAAAUCUCACCAUGCAUCCUGUGCUGGGAACACUGAAAGGCAUGGUUGCUUGCUCUCCUAGUAUCCAAAUCAAUCAGGCCAUUCCAAGGCCUCAAGUUUGUCCUCCUCACUUCAGUCGCCAAAUUGAUUCGGUGCAGCAAAAUUGUCUAGGUGCAAUCAAACAAAUCCCUUUCUCCCUUUAUAAUCAAAAACCAAACUUUGAGGAGCCUUUUCCAGGUGGAUAUAAAUCUUUCACAAUCAGCCCAUAUGGACCUGUACCAACAUUAAUGCAUCAUUACUCCAGUCAGAGUGGGGGCUCGAGCUCUCUUGAUCUGAACAGCACAAGCUGUGCCAUCAAUUUUCCUUAUUUGCGUCCAGAUUUCGGAAGGAACUUCCGACCAUCCUGGUCUCAGUUCUCUACAGAAAGCACCCCGUGGUUUUCAGAUGCAAAACAAAAGAAACUACUAAUGGAUUUUCAUGAAUUAUAUUCUACAUCUGACAGGAAAAAUUAUUACUGCAGCAGCAUUGCUGGGGAUAGCCGUCAAAUUGACCCUUCGGUAUAUCUUGCAUCAGAGCGCUUCUGUUCUUUCACUCAGCGCCCUCAACAUGCAUUGGAGAAUCCAGUCUCUCCACCAUCUUUUGCUAACUAUUCCUCUAUGCCACUCCAAAUAGGUUCCGGAGUAAAUACUGGCACAUACAAAAGACAUGGUGACGUGACCAAAAUCACAUCUACUCCUUGUCUUAGAGACCUUGGUGACAGCAGAAAGAGCAAAAAGAGGCCAUUAUCUACAUCAGACAAUCGUACAAAUGUGGCGGAGAUCCCUAACUUUUGGUUUCGAGAAGAUCCUUAUGUUGUUUCAGCACCAUUAAAAAGCUACUCUAAUUUUGAAGGUCAAUACAGCUGCAGAAAAGGAAUUGAAUCAGGUUCAGUUAAAGGCAUGUCAAACAGUAUUGAGAGUGGCCAAAGUGGAACAACAGAGGCACGCCUGGGAUCUUUCAAAGAUGAAGAUACUCUCAGAUUUGAAUGUACUCUGGGAUCUGGGCCCAUUAAAUUAACAGCUGGAGCAAAGCAUGUGCUUAAGCCCUGCCUGUAUAAUGAUCAGACGAACUUCAGUCCAGCUCAUUCAACUAUCCAAUUCGACGCUUCUGCUGCUGGUAGCACAACUCAGGAAACUGAGCAAUCAACCAAGAUAUACAAGUUCUAGUGGUGAGCUUGAUCGUCCAAUAACUUACAAGCUUUCUGGGAUAAACACUGUCAUCUCCGACUGUAUGAAUCACAGGAACAUCUGUUUUUCUACUUGCAGGAGAUGCUUUCUCUGCCCCAGUGGACUUGGAAUCAGAUGUAAUAUAGUCAAACCAUGUCGCUGCAGUUG